CCCCCAGCUCGCUCCAGAGGUGCGGCGUCCAGGCGGCAUGGAGAAGGACGGGCUGAGCCGCGCGGACCAGCAGUACGAAUGCGUGGCGGAGAUCGGGGAGGGCGCCUACGGGAAGGUGUUCAAGGCCCGGGACCUGAAGAACGGAGGCCGUUUCGUGGCGCUGAAGCGCGUGCGGGUGCAGACGGGCGAAGAGGGCAUGCCGCUCUCCACCAUCCGCGAGGUGGCGGUGCUGAGGCACCUGGAGACCUUCGAGCACCCCAACGUGGUUAGGUUAUUCGAUGUGUGCACGGUGUCACGAACAGACAGAGAAACUAAACUAACAUUAGUGUUUGAACAUGUUGAUCAAGACUUGACCACUUAUUUGAAUAAAGUUCCAGAGCCCGGAGUGCCCACUGAAACCAUAAAGGAUAUGAUGUUUCAGCUUCUCCGAGGUCUGGACUUUCUUCAUUCUCACCGAGUAGUGCAUCGUGAUCUAAAACCACAGAACAUUCUGGUGACCAGCAGCGGACAAAUAAAACUGGCUGACUUCGGCCUUGCCCGCAUCUACAGUUUUCAGAUGGCUCUGACCUCAGUGGUCGUCACGCUGUGGUACCGGGCCCCCGAAGUCCUGCUGCAGUCCAGCUACGCCACCCCCGUGGACCUCUGGAGUGUCGGCUGCAUAUUCGCAGAAAUGUUUCGUAGAAAGCCUCUUUUUCGUGGAAGUUCAGAUGUGGAUCAACUAGGAAAAAUCUUGGACGUAAUUGGACUCCCAGGAGAAGAGGACUGGCCUAGAGAUGUGGCCCUUCCCAGGCAGGCUUUUCACUCAAAAUCUCCUCAACCUAUUGAGAAUUUUGUAAGCGACAUUGAUGAACAAGGCAAAGACCUCCUUCUGAAGUGCUUGACAUUUAAUCCAGCCAAAAGAAUAUCUGCCUACGGUGCCCUGUCUCACCCAUACUUCCACGACCUGGAGAGGCGCAAGGAGAGCCUGGAUUCCCACCUGCCGCCCAGCCAGAACAGUUCGGAGAUGAAUAUAGCCUGAGCUCCCAGCCGCCGCCUCAAGCGGAUCCCCUGGUGUCUUAUGGGUCCCCCUGCGUCAGCCCCUGCAGAGCUGCGGAAGAUCACCAGCCAGGGACCUUCUAGCUGCCGUCUUCUGGGUGGGCUCUGCUUCUCCGAGGAAACGGCUUAGUUUACUGUUUGAAAUCAAUGCAAGAGCGAUUGCAGCUUUAUGUUCGUUCGUUGUGUGUUUGUCUGUCUGUCUGUGUCAAAACCCUGGAAAAAUUGUAGAAAAAGAGAAGCUGCUGACCAAUCGUGCUGCCAUUUCAUUUUUCUAACCUUGAGUGCUGCCAGAGUAAAAUGAGCAAUCCAGGCACAGCUGAUUGUGACGGAUCUCCCUGCAGCUGCCGGGCCUGAUUUGGUACUUUUGAGUGAACGUGUUGAGUGAGUGUGUGUGUGAUUUUUGAUCUCUUAAAGUGUUACUCUCUGUAAAUGAUGAGAAUUGAAUUCUGGGGAUUCAAAGUGACCAGUACGUAACAGGCAUCUGUGGACCAAAGGUGGUUCACCAGGAUGGGCUCCUGAAAUUAGAGAGUUGAGCCUAUGUCCUCAGAAUUUCUCUUCUGGCCACAAGUAGUAAAUUUGUUAGUAGUGAAAUGUUCACUAUCUAGAUGAAGUUUUAGACACACAUCAAAGAGGAAAAAAAAUUUUAGUAUCUUUAAGAGACCUAUUUUUUAAAGCACACAUUUCAUUUACUCUUCCAAAAGCUGAAUUUACUCAUUCUAAGUACAUUUUAACCUGUAUAAAAUGCUUUAUUGUUUCUUUUUUUAAAAAUGCCCUAUAAGCUUUUUUCUCACUUGCUUUGGUUUUAGGGAAUGCACCUCAAAUAGGUGCAAAACAUAGAGAAAGCCUUUAUUUCCUGGUUUGAAAUGUAUUUCCUUUUUGGUUCUUUUGUUGUUGUUGUGGAUUUUAGGAGUUUGUCAGAAACUGUUUCCUCGUUUGGUUUAGAGAGUAGUUCUCUGACUAGAGACAGGAAUGCCAUUUGAAUUUUUCCACCUGUGACACUGUACUUUUUCUACAAUGCACUGCCUUGUUUGCGAAGUAUCCAUCUUUUCUAUCCCCCAGCGCCUCGGAUAAAUAUUACUACCCUUACAUUACCGAUGACAGGUUACUUAAGCUGUUUGCAUGCACUUUCUUCUUUCUUUCAAUGAACCUUUCGUAAAUAGAUUCAGAUUAUGGUUUAUGGCUCUAAUUCCACGAUCCCUAACAGGGUCCCUAUGCUCUCACUCUAAUGCAAUCUUCCUACCUGUCAGCCCCCGUUGUUACGUAGACAAUGAGUGGAAGACUGGUUCUUCUGUAUCACCAGCACAUAGAUGGCUUUAAACUGUUACUUCGUGUUUUACGUUUUUAUGGAGUAUAUUGUCAGUGUAGUAUCUGAGGGAAUAUCUUUUAACUAUUUUUUUUUUUAGAAAGAAAUAUUUACUCUAAUCUUUUCUCCUUCCUUCAGGCUGUGCUCCCUUCCAGUGCCUCGUGCACACUCCUGCUCUCUGCGGAGCCAGCCUGACUUGGGCAUUGUGAAUAGCUUUACUCUUCCUCUUGCCAUUUUCUCUGUAGGUACUUUAUAGUUCAUGCCAUCACUGCCUUAUUUGUGGUGAGUGCUCAUUUGGCUCUAAUAAGCAGAAGACACCGAGUAAGUAUGUUUGAGGAAUUUUAGCUACUUUGCCUUCUGACUCAUGUUUUGAGUUCAUGCAACCAUUAGACCAUGUUUUAGGGUUAGAGCUUUCAAUGAAUGGACAUUGCUUCGCUGAGUAGAAAAUAUUCCAGGUGAUGUUUGUGUGUAGUCAAGCCUUACCGAAUUCCUCACAGCUUAAUAUUGUAUGUGACUAUCUUGAACAAGAGAAAAAUUGGGAGUUUUCUCCUUGACAGUUUUUCGGAUCAGGAACCAUUCUUUUUUUAAUCCAUUUUUUUAAUAGUGUUCUGAUUCAGUAACUUGAAGAGCAGGAAAAUUAUUCUAAAGUAAGAUAUGGUGUUGCCCUAUGAACCAGGAGAUCACAGUUCAGUUCCUGGUCAGGGCACAUACCUAGGUUGCAGGCUUGAUC